ACAGAACCUCACAACCCCAACCUAACAUUAGCGGUCCAACAAAAAAGCAGAUUCCAACUCAGAGAAGAGAAACGAAGACGUUCGUGGAUCUAUUUGUCUGAAAGAGGAUGCAUCAGAAUGGAGCAGGGAGCUGGUGGCUCACCCAGCAAUUCUUCUACAUCGCAAAUACCAUAUUUUGUUUACUUCUGAUUCACAAUUUUAAUUGAGAAGUGCUGAGAAAUACAAUUUUAAUUUUUAGAAAAAUGCCACAAGAACAUAAUAAAAACACCAGAUUUAUCGUAGAAGAAAAAAAGAAACUCAUCUUAAAUUGACUGAAGUUUUUCUUUUGAAAAUGUCAGGAAGGAAACUGCAGAGAAACAAGAGCGACAUGUCUGUUUUCACCUUAGUGACUUUAAUUAAACUUUGUUGAUUUAAACAAACAAAAAUAUAUGACCAAUUUCCUCCUGUGCAUUUAAUUGUUCUGAGACCAGUUUGGACCAUCGGAACUCCAUCAUAGUUCCAGGUCGUUGCAGACGGGUAGUGUCCGCGCGUCUUCACGCGUGUUUGACACAUUUGACAUGAACGUGUGAGUGCGGAGCCUCAACAAAAAAAAAAAAAAACCCAAAGUCCAGCUCAUCGGGCACCAGUGCACGUGCACGCGCGCCAAGCGCACGUUUGGAAGUUACCCAGGAAAGUUUGGUAAGCGGCUCGCGCCUGAGCCACGCGCCGCGCUGAAGUGGCUCAUUGUGCGCUCGCGGCGGUGUAGCUUUAAGACCGGGGGUGUGUGGGUGGGGGUCUUCGAUGACGCAGGAGCGAGUCUGAAAGAUGCUUCAAACUCCAGGCUGAGCGCGCGUGCGGGCUGCGCACUCUGCCGCCUGGAUCCGCUCGUGCAGCAGGUCUGUGCGCAGAAUCAAACUCCACUUCCAGAGCUGCGCUCAACUUGAGGAGCCGAGGAGACCCCCGACACCAUGCCGAGCUGCACGCGCCUGUGCGCGCUCCUGCUGACCCUCCUGGACCCGGUUCUGUCUGGCAGGACGGAGGACAUCGAUGUGGUGGUGUUCCUGCCGCAGAACAACUCUUUCCUCUUCUCCUCCGCCAGAGUGGCUCCAGCGCUCCGUUACGCGCAGCGGAGGCUGCAGGCGGAGGAGGGCAACUUCUCGAGCUUCCACUUCCACCUCCACUUCUACAGCUCCGACUCCCCCAACGAGGCUCUGUUUGCGAUGGUGGACCGGUCCUGCGCGCGGAAGCCGGACCUCAUCCUGGGUCCCGUUCGGGAGUACGAGGCGGCGGGGGUGGCGCGCCUGGCGUCCCACUGGAACAUCCCGAUGAUCUCGGCAGGUGCCCUGGCCGCCGGCUUCGGGAACAAGAACUCGGAGUUCUCCCAGCUGACCCGCAUCGCCCCGCACUACGUGAAGAUGGCAGAGACCUUCAGCGCGCUGUUCGAGCGCUUCGGCUGGAGGAGCGCGCUGCUGCUGUACGAGGAGGACAAGCAGGAGCGCAACUGCUACUUCACCCUGGAGGGGGUCUACCACCUGAUGUCCGAAUACCCCAUCAGCCAGUUCCCCAUCCUGGAGGGGGACCCCCUUCACGUGGACGAGAUCGUCGACAGCAUGAACGACUCUGAAGUGGUGAUCAUGUGCAUGGGAGCAGACCGAAUACGGAGCAUCAUGCUGGCAGCUCACAGACACCAGCUGACCCGGGGCAGGAAGAUAUUCUUUAGUAUCGAACUUUUCAACGCCUCCACUUAUGGUGAUGGCUCGUGGAGAAGAAACGACGAGCAUGACAGUGAAGCAAAGCAAGCCUACGCCUCUCUGAACACCAUCACUCUGCUGAGGACGGUCAAACCGGAGUUUGAAAACUUCUCCCUGGAGAUGAAGAGCUCUGCAGAGAAGGAGGGAAUCUACGACUGCAGAGACUGUGGAAGUGUCAACAUGUUUGUGGAGGGGUUCCAUGAUGCUAUGCUGCUGUACGCCAUCGCCUUACACGAGGCCAUGAAACACGGCUACAGCAAGAAGAAUGGGACAGAGGUGACAUCUCGCAUGUGGAACAGAACCAUCGAGGGCAUUGCGGGUCAGGUAUCCAUUGACACCAACGGGGACAGGAACGGAGAUUUCUCCGUGAUGGCCAUGACUGACGUGGAAGCAGGAACCUUUGAGAUGGUCGCCAACUAUUUUGGCGUAAACAGAACGUUGGAGCUGCUGCCCUCCUUCAGAGCUGAACACUUCACCCUGAAAGAACGGCACGAAGCAAGCCCUCUGCCGCCGGAAAAGUCAUGCGGACUCGGAGUGUCGGCUCUGACUGGAGUCAUAGUAGGAGCGGUUCUGGGGGCGGGGAUGCUUAUUGCAUUCAACUUUUUCAGGAAAAAGCUCCAGGACUACCACUUAGCGGCGCACGCCUGGCAGAGAGCUUGAGCGUUCCUGAAGCCUCAGUGACAGAAGACUCCCGUCUGUAAGGUUCAGCUGCCAUCACAGACUGCAGCUGCCCUGUGGGUCUUUGUCAUGUACAGUCCGCCCGCUGAGUCUGGAGCUCCAACAUGGCUGGCUGUGAAGGACAUGAACAAUCUGACGUCCCACUCACCGGGGAUGUUCUCAUUUUCCUGCUUUUCUGGUGUUGACUGAAGUUCCUGAAACCACGGACGUUUCAGAACCAACGUCAACUUCAGCUUUAGCUUCUCAGCCCAGAAACUGAAAGUCAGGGAGACUGAAUGAAGAAGACUCCACCACCAACACGAGUUCAUCAGGAGGUCGUCGUGGUGACGGAGAUCCAUCCUGCCCCAGGCCUCACUGUGAGGAGUCUGGGUACUCUCCUUCUGCAGGAUUGUCUGUGUUUGUUCCAGUUUUGGAUGGAUUACACUAAAUGACAGAAAAAGGAAAUAAAACAGGAGAAGCAAUAAAUCUAAAUGUACAAAAUGUAUUUAUUGGAGCAUAUGUUUGUGUACUUUUAAUAAUAACUGGUGUUAAUGACUCCGCUCUUUUCUGUCCAUCUAAAUAUUUUCACUUCCA